UGCCCUACAUUCCAUAUGGACGCUGGUUUUAAUUUGACAACCCAGAUCUUUGUAAGCUGACACUGUUCGGGUGUCAUGGAUCACACAACCCGGACAUCAGUGGCAAUCUGGAAAUACCCCAAAGUCCCAGAAAGCACAGGAUGAUGGAGCUCACGGGGCUUGUUUUCCUGCUGGAGUCCCCCCUUCAGUGCUUGGACUGUUCCACUUCACAUCUAAAAAAACCUGACAGUUGGGGAAGAGUUCUUCUCCAUGUCAGGGACGACUGUGGCCUCAGCUGAGUACUGAAGCUCCUGCCUCACUUCAGUUUGUUUUUAGCAGAGGAGCAAAUGGAUCAGAAAGAGAUGAGUGAUCCUCUGAACAAUGUGUCACUGAUUAAAGAUAAUCUGACCAGAUCAAACAUGGAAUCCUCUGGUGACUCGGAAAAAGUGAUUCAGCACUUGAAUGAUGAACUGCGACAGGCUCAGGAGAUGGCCAACACGGAGAAACAUAAAUGCAUGGAGCUGCAAGGUGUCCUGGAAGGAGAGAGAAAAGAAAACAAAAAACAGGCAGAUGAAUCAGCAAAGCAGAUAAAAAACCUUCAAGGCCAGCUGCAGCAGCUCAAAGAGGAGAUGGGCGUUCUCAGAGAGCAGAUGGACGUCUCCUCCAGUUCAGCCAGUGAGCUGCAAAUCGCCCGAGAUGAAGUGAAGUCCCUGAAGCGAGCCCUGGAGGCGGCCGGCGCUGAGCGCGACCGUGACAUCGCUGCUAUCCAGUCUAACCUGGCUGCUGCCUCAAACGACCUGGACAAGUGGCGCCAGACUGCUAGCAAAUACGAGCGCGAGAUUGACGACCUUCAGCGGGAUCUGCAGCAACAGAGCAAGCAGUGGCAGAAAACUGCAGAAAUUCAAGCCAAUGAGUUGCAGUCUAUCCAGAUGGAGUGUAACGGUCUUCAGAAGGAGUGCUCGGUACUGCGCUCUGAGAAGCAGGACAUGGUGAAUAACCACCAGAAGGAGAAGAUCAGCCUGCAGAGUGAAUGCUCCUCUCUCCGGGCUGAGAAGGAGGAACUUCUCAAGAGUCACCAGAAAGAGAAGGCCAACCUGCAGAGCGAAUGUGCAGCCCUGCGCGCGGAGAAAGAGGAAGCGCUGCAGAAACAGCAGCAGCUGCAGAGGGACCUUGUUAGCUGUCGUGACCAGAACGCUGAGCUGAACGACAGCCUCAGAGCCAUUGAGCAGUCUCAGCAGGAGCUACUGAAGAAGCUGGAGGGCCUGCAGCUCCAGCACCAGCAGGAGAACGGCGAGCUGCAAACGCAGCUGGAGGAGGCAGACAGCCGCUGCAAAGCUCUGCAGAGAGAGUACGAAGAUGCUCAGACUGAAUUAUCUGACCUGAAAGAAAAGUUUGAGAACAGCCAGCAGGAAAAGCGUUCUCUCCUAGAUCAGCUCGAGGAAUGCAAAACCAGCCUGAGUGACAUACAGGAGAAAGGAUCAAAGACCUCCCUAUUGCUGCCUGUUCAAGCCAUAGUCAUCGGCCUUAUCCUGGCUUUGCUGUAUUGGUGUUUCGGCGCAUUGUGGUAGCAAAGAAGCCGUGGAUGAUCUGGGGCCCCGUGGUUGCUGUGGCUCUGACAGCUGUGACUGCUGCUGUGAUCUUCAAAACCUAAGGGCAAUGCUUUCAAACAUGCACACGCGCAUUCUGGAAACCCAUGUUUGUCACGAGAUGUUGAAACUUGCCCCCUUAUCGUAUCUGCACUAAUAACAGGGAGGGUUCCUAUUUAAUUGCAUAAUUCUUAAGACGCUCUAUCUUAAAUGGCGGGAUGCUAACAAACGAAUGUUGGUCUUUUUUGAGUGAAUCAGUAAGUUUGUGUGUCUGUUACUGGAGGGAAGUUAAGUUGUCAUUUAUCGAUUUGACUCAUAGGAUCAUCCAUUAAUGAAUGUAAAACUGCUUCCCAAACGAAUAUCUCCAAAAUCUUAACGCUUUAUGUGUUUAUUGUCAUAGAAUAAUCACCACCACUGGAGGAUGAUGGGUAACAGUUCACUGACUGAUGUUUGUGUCGGACACGGCUUUGUCGAUAGAUGUCUUGCUGAUGUGAAGAUGAAUGAAGGCAAAGUUAAAAAGAGAAACAUUUGAUUUCAAUUUUUUUUUCCACUGGAGCAUCAUUAAACAGAACUGAAAAAACUUCC